GCUCUCGAAUCCUCCCGCAGGACGCCCGCAACCCUGAAGUCUCUCGCCGUCACCCUCGUAAUCCUCCUCUCCACCCUCUUUUCCAUGUCCUUUCUGACCAGGCUCCUGCGCCCCUUCAGCUCAAUGUCCAACGCGCCCGCGCAACCCAUGACAGUGCCUUCGGGCGCGCACACGGCUACAGUCGCCGCAGGCUGCUUCUGGGGAGUCGAGCACAUGUAUCGCAAAGAGUACAAGGACAAGGGCCUGUACGAUGCGCGCGUGGGCUAUAUCGGCGGCGACCUGGAGAACCCAGGCUACAGAGUGGUCUGCAGUGGACGAACAGGGCACGCCGAAGCACUGCAAGUAGUCUACGACCCCACCAAAAUCACGUACCGCUCUCUGCUAGAGUUCUUCUACAAAAUGCACGACCCCACAACAUCGAACCGCCAGGGCCCCGACGUAGGCACCCAGUACCGUUCAGCCAUCUUCUACCACGACGCCGAGCAGGAAAAGAUUGCGCGCGACGUGACAGACAAGGCAAACAAGCAGUGGUGGAAGGGCAGUAUCACGACGGAGAUUCUGCCCGCGGGAAAGUGGUGGGACGCCGAGGAGUACCACCAGUUGUAUCUGGACAAUAACCCUGGGGGCUACGAGUGUCCGAGUCACUUUCUGCGAAGUUUUCCGCCGCUCCAGGAUUAAGAAGUGGAUUGGAGGAAAUUUGAAUAUGAAGGAGGGGACUGGUUAGAAAUACGCUUUACAAUAUACACAAGAACAUUC